CACGUUAUUUUUGAACCGGUGUGAUGUAAACAAACAUGGCGUCCAGUUCGGUAUUUUUGGUUAUGGUUAGUGGACAAAUUGAAUCUGCGGAGUUUCCAGAAUUUGAUGAAAUAUACCUUCGCUAUAACCUUCACUAUGGACAAGAUUGGUUAGUUACUUCGGGGUUGGAAGAAGGAAUUUCUCAGGUUGCGAAGAAAAGCCAGGAUGAUCGUCAACAGAUAGUGUGGAAUUUUCCAAUAGAUGUAACCUUCAAGAGCACAAAUCCCCAUGGCUGGCCUCAGCUGGUGGUCCACUGCUAUGGUUCAGACUUCUGGGGCACUGAGGUAUCCAGGGGAUAUGGCGUGUGUCAUAUACCCAUCACACCAGGAAAACACAAACUGAAGAUUCCCAUGUUUGUGCCGGAGUCCUCCUCGUUGCUUCAGAAGUUCACAUCGUGGUUCCUUAGCAGAAGACCUGAAUACGUAGAUGCAAGAGUAAUUGCUCGAGGAGAGGGUAGAGAGGUAACAAGAGUCAGAUCUCAAGGAUUCGUCAAUAUUUCCUUCAACGUGAUCAUGAAGGACAUGAAGAAACUCGGCUACGACGUGCUCCCCUCUGACGUCUCUACUGUGAACGUACCGGAAAACGUUGGCACGACUGCAACGGAAGCAUAGAACCUUUAAUCUGUUGCAUUAUUGCUGACUUGCCUAGAACAUAUAUGUUCAGAAAUAGUUGAAGCAAUUAAGACCAUACGCAUGAUUAUUACACAUGGCAACCUCUAUAGUAUCAAAAUAACGCAGAAAGAUAUGGCCAUAUUUGCGUGAGGUAUUUGAUGAUCUGCUAAAAAAUGGUAGCUUGCUGACGUUAUUGUUUAUACUCUAUGAAGGAGGUACGUUCAGAUGAUUAUGUGUUGUUUUGUAGAAAUAGACAAGUGUGUAUGUUAAGAUAAUAUUUGCAAAGAUGUUUAUACAAGUUUGUACUCUGUAGUAUUUAUUUUAAUAACAAAAUCAAUAAAUAAAUGCCGUUCAGUU